AUGUAUCUUGGUGAUAAAAUUAAUUUUUAUUGUCCAAUUAUUAUUAUUGCUAUUGGAACUAUUGGAUGUUUCUGUAAUUUUUUCACAUUUACUUCUCCUAAAUUAAGAAAAACUUCAUGUACACUUUAUUUUCUUGGUGGAGCUGUAUUUGAUCUUCUCACACUUGAUUUUGGGGCAUUGACACGAUUUCUUAAUGAUCAUUUUGAAUAUGAUGUACGGAUUCAAUCACGAGUUUAUUGCAAAUUACGAUCCUAUAUUGUUAAUGUUUCACCUGCAAUUGCUACAUGUUUUAUUGUUUUAGCAGCAAUGGAUCGUUUUAUGUCAACUUCACAAAAACAGAUUUAUCGCUCAUUUGCUACAAUAAAAUGUGCCAAAUGGAUAGCUAGUUUUUGUUUGAUCAUUUGCAUUUUAUCAUAUAUACAUUAUAUAAUUUUUGCUGACUUCAGCUUUAUAUGUAGUUUACCAAAAGGUGUAUAUGGUAUCUUUACAAUAGUAUUUAGUAUAGUAUGGACAUUAUUUAUUCCACAUCUUCUUAUGCUUUGCUUUGGUUUUGGUACACAAUAUCAUAUUCGCUCAACACGACACCGAGUUCUCCCUAUCAAUAAUCAACAAAGACGAUUGCGACGUCUAGAAACACAAUUUAUUAAAGUGAGUUGA